AUGACGACAAGAGUUUCGCUCUGUGGUGUCUCAAUCGUUGGCAACAAUCCUGCAGCGUUUGAUGAGCCUAUCUCUGUGAAGGUAUUACUCGAAGUUUUUGAGAAGCCGCCAACACUUCCAAUUGAUGUGAAGUUUGUGUGGAACCCAAUUUGGGAUUUCCCUGUGGAGCAGGAGUUGGAUGCAUUUGAGGUUGGGCCGCUGACAACACUUGGGAGGCAUGAGCUAACGCUUCAGAGUGACCCUCCCGACUUUGCAAAGAUUCCUGACCCUACCGGGCCAACAGCGUUGAUCAUCACCUUCAGUUACGAUGGCAGGGAGUUCCUCCAUUUGGGUUACAACGCCAUAGUGACAUGCGAGGGGGAAAUGCCUGAUGUCUUUUUGGAUGCAGGACAACUGCGGCGUCAUCUUACACAGUGCUUUCCGAAACAGACAAUGAUUGUAUGGGACACUGAUGACUGCAACGGUGGUAAUAAUAAUGAUAAUGGUAAUGGUAAUGAUGUGGAUGUUGAUGAUGAUGAACAUGAUGAGGAUGAUGAGGAUGUGAAGGGGGUAGAGAGCUCGCAUGAUGAAGACGAGAGUCCACCCGCAAAGAAAGCCAAGCACAACUGA